AUGACCGAUAAUUAUCUGUAUUGUAGCAAAAAGAAGAGAACAGAGAUUACUCCGUUAGAUGACCUGCUUCCAAAGUUACUUGAUGCCGGAACCGCAGGUGCCACAGAUAACGGCAAGAUAAGGUGUAAUGCUGUGAGAGCAAUUGGUAGUACCCUCUUUCUAUCCACACAUAGAAAUAUUUUGAAGGAAACUUCUGCGGGACUGCACGCCCUCGUGGAGUGCGCUUCCGUUGGCAGUGAUAUGAAGGUACGAUGGAAUGCUUGCCGUGCUUUGGGACUCGUUCUAUGUCAUGAACCGGAUUCAAUUCUGCCGUCAUCCUGGAAAGAUAAUGUAUUUCCGGUGUUGUGCGACCUGAUCUGCCACAGUCCCAACUUUAAAGUGCGCACCAAUGCAGCGUGGGCAUUAUCUGUCUGCAAAUCGUAUGGUAACCGAGUUCCAACUCUGUGGAAAACCAUAUUACUGGCUUUGGAGAAUUCGCAGCAUGUGCCAAGUUACGUCGAAUAUCCUCAUCGGGAUGCACUCGUCCAACAGGUAGCGCUUUUCAAAGAUGGAGUGAAAGCCAUCGAGAAACUUAAUCGUUAUCGGUCAAACUAAAUUCUUCUAUUCAUAUACCAUUUGGUGUUAUACGCCGAGGUGUAACUCUUUUAGAGUAAGUGCGUAUUAUUUCCACCUGUGGAGGAGCAAUGCAUAUUACCCGGAAAAUAAACCA